AUGCCUACCCGGCUACGAAACACCGCGACGGCGGAGGUCGCCCAGAAAGAGGUUCGCUACGAGAUCUCUGGCCUUCAGUUCGAAGAUACUCUCACUUGGCGUGCUGGCAAACCCAUACCUGUCGCAGAACUCCUCGCCCGAUUACAAAAGCUUUCUGCUGAGCUACGAAACUAUGAUCUUGACCAGGUCGAUUCGCGCUCAUUUACCACCCUUGCGCAUGAUCUCGCGAACCCGAACCUGCUGGGACACAAAGACAAGGGUGUACGAGCGUGGACCCUCUCGUGUAUUGUGGAUGUUCUCAGAAUCUGCGCGCCAGAUGCGCCAUUCCAAGUUGGCCAGCUCAAAGACAUCUUCACCGUAACGAUCAACUCGAUUCUCCCUGCGCUCGCUGACCCGACGAACGCCUACAAUUCCCAGCACGUCUACAUAUUGAGCUCUCUGGCCGAGUCGCAAAGUAUUCUGCUAGUCACGGACAUACCAAACCAUGAGAAUCUUGUCAUAUCUCUCUUUACUACGGCGUUUGAUAUCGUUUCCGUCUCGGGAAAUAAUACUUCCGGAGUCGAGGUCUCCAAGAGCGUGGAAUAUCAUCUGAAGAAUCUCCUCGCGGCGGUUGUCGACGAAGUCACCCUACCCCAGGAAGUCACCGACAUCAUCAUUUCUCAAUUUAUGAGAGUCGAUACCCGGAAUGCUCAAGACCAAAGCAGCAGAGGCAAAAGGCGAGGAGCUCAGGAUACCAAACAAGCCACGUUAUUCUUGAAAGAGUACCCACCAGCCUACAAUAUGGCGAAAGCCCUUUGCACUACUUGCCCGGAAAAAAUGACAUUACAAAUCACUCAGUAUUUUGGGACAAUCAUCGUUGAUGCGACUGCUGUGACGUCUGCAACCUCCUUCUCCAAGUCAGCGCAUAGACGAAUGUCAGACGUGGGAGACUCGGAGGACGAGCAUGAGGGGCUUACAGAUCUGCGGAAAGCCCAUCGUCUGCUGCGAGAGCUGUGGAGAGCUUGUCCCGAUGUGCUUCUGAAUGUGGUCCCUCAGAUCGAAGCAGAAUUCUCAGCGGACUCACCAGCCCUGCGCCAACUGGCGACAGAGACUAUAGGGGACAUCACAGCCGGCAUAGGAAUUUCUGGCCCCCCUCCUACAAUUCCUCUCGACCCGGCAGCAUACCCUUUACCCUCGCUUGAGCAACGGGAGCAGCAGCCUCUGCAAACCACGAACCCACUGUUGGCACCCGCAUCGCCUAAACCGUUUGCCAACGUGCACGCCUCAGCAUAUUCGGCAUUUCUAGGCCGUCGAGUUGACAGAGCUGCGUUCGUCCGAGAGGCCUGGGCGAUUGCGGCCUCUCGCAUCCUGUUGACUUCCGCGGGGGGCAUCGGACUCAAUGACCGAGAGUUGCAGGACCUGCUCGCUGGUUUCGCUCAAAUGCUUCGAGAUCCUGAUGAACGCGUGCGUCUGAUUGCAAUCCAAUCUGUCAAUGCUUUUAACUACCACGACAUUAUAAAUACGCUCGCCGCGGAUGGCGGUCUGUCCAGGCCCGGGACAGUGCUCGCAACCAUGGUGGAACGUGUCACUGAUCGAAAACAUGAUGUCAGAGCAGAGGCAAUCGAGCUACUCGCUCGCAUUUGGGGUGCUGCAUCAGGAGACAUAGAGGAAGGGAUUGAGGUUGUCAAAGCCGCAGUUGGUGGUAUUCCAAAUCGCUUAUUCCGCGCUUUUUACACCAACGAUCUGCAUGUCCAUGAGGUUCUUGACAAAGUGCUAUACGAAAGCUUGUUGCCGCUGUCUUUCCCUCCGAUUAAGGCGCAGCAUUCUCGCCCUGACACUCAGAAGCAGCGUACAAAGGACAAAGAGGGCAGCUCAUCGGAAGGUGCAGCUUCUGAGCCCGAUGUCAUCAGAACGCGCCGAAUUCUUACCCUUGUGCAAGGCCUCGAUGCAAAAUCGCGGCCAGUAUUCUUCAAGCUCCAAAAUCGACAGGUCCAAGUGAGCAAAGCCAUGACGGUUUUCCUCCAAGCAUGCGAGGACUACAACGGGGGUGUUGUUGACAACAACAUUGAUGAAGCAACAAUCAAAGACCGACUCACCCGCUAUAUCGACCAUAUCUCCAAGACCUUUCCGGAUUCAGCCAAUGUUGCAGCUGAUCUGUGGAAAUUCGCAAAGCAGCAUAAUCGUCGUUGGUACCAGUUGAUCAGAUUCGCCAUGGGCCCGGAGCACGAUUACAGAACCGUCACCAAAGCAAUUAAAGAGCUCAGCAAGCGCGUCCGUGAGGGUCCGGCCAAUUUGCAAUCUCUUCUCAAUACUUUGCAACCGAUACUGUAUCGGUGUGCAUUGAUCGUGUACAAUCGGAGUCAUGUUCCAUCAAUAAUGGAGGUCUCCCGGAGUGACGAAGCUGGUCUUGGAGAGGUUGCUCACGAAAUCCUCAAAGAAAUAUCAGCUGGCCACCCAGAAGUUCUCAAAUUCCACAUUCAGGCCCUAUGUACAGAGCUUGAAGAGCGUGCCCCCUCGGCUACCAAAGCGGAAGAACUUGGAGCAGCAGACACACUGAAGGCGUGCGCAGGAUUUGCUAGAAAGUAUCCCACCGAAGUCCCGGCAGAGCGCAAGUUCCUUACUGCGUUGACACAUUUCGCCUUGUUUUCAAAAUCUCCCCGGGCUGCAAAGCACGCCGUAUCCAUCAUCCUCAUGGUUGCAGACAAAAAGGAGAUGUACGCCAAAGACAUGCUAUCAAAGGCAUUGAAGGGUUGUGAGCCGGGCUCUCCUCAUUUCCUAGCACGCCUAGCAACAAUAUCCCAGGUGUGUUUGCUCGCUCCAGCAACUGCAAACUUGCAGGCGGACGCCAUCCAACAACUUGUUGUGUCAGGCAUUCUACAAAAAAACCGUGCACCCAUUUCUCAGGCCGACCCAAGUGCCUGGGUCGAGGUUCCCGAUGAUGAGACCAAAUCCAAGGAUUUGGCCCUCAAGAUCCUGGUCAAUCGUUGCAGAGGGCAGGACGAGGAAUCCGAUGCAAGCGGGUUCGAAAAGUCGGCCAAAGAGGCGUUCAGCCAACUGACGGGAAUAAUCAGGAAUGAAGGCGAGAUUGCUCCCUCGAAAGAUACACCUCCUGCGCAGAAAAACCGGCUGAGGCUGGUUGCUGUACACUUGAUUCUGAAGCUGUGCAGUCACAAGCGAAAGUGCGAGGAGUUUGUCCCUGCAUCCAUGUUUAUUUUGAUCACGAUGAUCAUGAUCAAUCCCCCCAAUCCGGUCCGAACCGGUUUCGUGAACAGCCUGAAGAAGUACCUCGGGCACAAUGGACUCGCCCAUAGGUGGUUCACGGCCCUCUUCCUUCUUGCCUUUGAACCUGACAUCGAGCUUCGUACGUCUGUGGUUACCUGGAUAAAGGCACGAGUACAGUUCUUCGUGAGGCAGCAACUCCAAGCAAAAUCCGCAGCGGACAAGAAGUUGCAUCAGACUGUUAUGGAGUCAAUUUUCGCCCGCCUCCUCAGUCUGUUGGCUCACCAUCCUGACUAUCCGAACACGGACAGCGAGGAUUUUGAUGGGGAACUGCUGGACUUUUCUAAAUACAUCGUAUUCUACCUCUUUGCUGUUGCCACAGAGGACAAUCUCUCACUCAUCUUCCAUAUAGCACAGCGCGUGAAAGGUGCUCGAGAUGGGAUCACUGGGACGGACGAGGCCAGCAAUAGGCUGUACGUGCUCAGUGAUCUCUCUCAGGCCGUCAUACGCAACUACGCGGACCUCAUGCCCGCGCAUGCGAAGGGUGUCAACCUCCUGCAGACGUGGCCAGGCAAGGUCACUCUACCGCGCUCUUUAUUCAAGGCUUUACCGAAUCAUGAUGCUGCGCAGGAGAUUGCCGAGAAAAACUAUCUGCCAGAAGAUGUCGCCGCUGGCCUCGAAAAGUUGGUUCGGACUUAUAUCAAGGAGCUGAAAAGUGCGAGCCAGCCGGCUAGGAAGGCGGCGACCGGCGAGAAGAAGAGAAAGAGUGACGCGAUGGGCUUGAACGACGAUGAGAACGGUGACGACCGGAAAAAGGCGACCAAAAAACCCAAGAAGACCACUCUUGCAAUCAGAAAAACAUCCAAGUCAAGACGGAGGAGUAACGAGCCUGCGAGCCCAGAAGUGCCACCCCGGAAAAGUACUCGCGUCUCGAAUGCUAUAUCGUAUGUUGAAGCGGACAGUGACGCAGAUGAUGCUGACAUGGAGAGCCUGGAUCAUAAGGCGAGCCGGUCGACUUCAUUUCGGGAGAAGGCUAGAAUUCAGGACGAAGAUGAUGACCACGGCAAGAGCGCGGACGAAGACCAACAAGGAGAGGAGACGGACGAGACGGAUGAGGGGCAAUUUCGGCAGAAUGGCGAGGAAGAUGUCCGCGUGCACGAGGAUGAUGAUGACGAUGAUGAUCAUGAUACGGAAAUGAGGGGAGGCGACGUGGAGAUAACGGAGGAAGCAGAAGCGUCGCCACCUUUGAAGGAACAGACAAAUGCGGGAGGGGUCAUGAAGGGCAGAGGUCGAGGGAAGAAGACAUCUUUGACGAAAGACACGCCGACCAAACAGACCAAACAGACCACGGAGCGACCGUUGCGGCAGACGAGACAGACUCGAAGUACAAAGACAUGA